GUGGUGUAAACUUGGCGAAACCGUUAGAAGAUCGCAAUCCGCCAAAGAAUACCUAUGCAGCUUUCACCAUAUGUGUUGAGGAUGAUCCGAUGCUGCAGACACACCCCGACUCCGCCAGGAACGUAUCCUGGCUAUUCGACUGUGUGUCCUACUCCCGUAUACUAGACAGAGAGCCCCCGGAUGGUUAG